GUUUCUUGGAAUAUAUCACUGUUAUUCAAUGGUGGAAAUUAUUAGUGUCAUCAAACUCUUAAUUAUUCUCUUCUCUGUCUGUUUAUCUUCCAAACAAUUGUUAGCAAUCGGUAGAAAUAAUACAGACUACAAAUCACUCAUUGCGUUCAAGAAGCAGUUUCUAAAGCAAAGCGAUGUGAAUUCUUCUACCAUUUUCUCGAGCUCAUGGAAUGCCACUAACCACUUUUGCUCAUGGGAAGGGGUCACAUGUGGCUACAAGCACCGCGAUAGAGUCACAGCUCUGGAUCUCCGUUCUGUCGGUUUGGCCGGUCCUCUUCCUCCUUCCAUAUUGAAUCUCACCUUCUUGAGAAGGCUUGAUCUCAGCUUCAAUAGGCUCUAUGGUGAGAUCCCUCCAAUUUUGGCUUGCUUACCACGACUACAACAUCUUAACUUGAGCUUUAACUCAUUUGAUGGAGACAUUGAUGCUAUUCUGACGAUGAACCAUAGCUCUGUUCUCCAAGUUUUGGACCUUGAUAGCAACCAUAUGAUCACAGGAAAAAUACCUCUUGUUAUCAACUCCUUUUCGCCACUCAAAUACCUCAGUCUCUCUAAUAACGACAUCGUUGGCACCAUCCCACCUUCACUUACCAAUCUAUCCGUCUUGGAAAGUUUUUAUGCCUUCUCUAACCAUCUGGAGGGAGGCAUCCCACCAGAGAUUGGUGUUCUUCAUAAUUUAAAAGACUUUAAUGUGGCUGAUAAUAAACUUACAGAAGCUUUGGAGUAUCUUCACCAUAGUUGCCAACCACCAAUCAUUCAUGGUGACAUAAAGCCAAGUAACAUUCUAUUGGACAAUAGCAUUAUUGCACAUGUGGGUGAUUUUGGACUCUCAAGAAUGCUUUUUGAAAAUUUGAACAUAUGUUUUCAAGAUUCUUUCAACCAAAGUGGCAUUAAAGGAACUAUUGGCUAUAUUGCCCCAGAGUAUGGUGAAUUAGCUCCCUUGUCUCCAUCUGCGGAUGUUUAUAGUUUUGGAAUAGUAUUACUAGAGAUGCUUAUUGGAAGAAGGCCUACCGAUGACGUUUUCAGUGAUAACUUAACUCUACAUAAUCACAUUAAAAUGAUAUUGCCUCAUGGAAUCAAAUACAUAGUAGAUCUUAAAAUGUUUAGAAAAGAGCAAAGAGAAGCUAGCGAAGGGGGUGGAGAAAACCCAAGAUGGUUUAGUUGCCAAAGCACCAACAAAUGCUUACUUUCCCUUGCAGAAUUGGGUCUCUCUUGCUCAGUUCCAUCCCCAAAAGAAAGGCCUUCCAUGGAAGAGGUUACUGCAAAAUUAAAUGCAAUUCGAGCUUCUUACGUACCUUCAAUCUGAUCAAAAUGAUAUGUUCUUGAAGAAAAGCUAUUAUGUGGAAGCAACAACUUUUAGUUGUUUGUGUUUUUAAUAUUGGUUUCAAUAUGUGAUGAAGUAUGUGUAGGAAGAUAGAUGAUGAUAUACAAA